AUGUUAUUUAUGAAACGAAAAGGUAAAUUUUAGAUUGUGAGCGGAGCGAGGAAUAUAUUGGUUUACAGUGAUAUUUAUUAUACUUGUAUAUAUAUUUUUUUUCUAUUAACAACUUUUCUAUACCAGAGAUUUUGCUCCGAUUUUCAAGAAUAGCACCUUUUCUGAAAGGAAAUCGGACUGAAGAAGUAUACCUAAAGGAGGUCAUUUUUCGAUUUUCUCAGGAGUUUUCUAAUCGAAUGUGAAAAACCGAAAAUAAAACGUAGGAAAAAUUGGAUAAUCUGAUCACUAUUAAACAAAUAUUAUUAAAAAAAAUAUAUAAUGCCUAUUUAAUUAUUUUACCAUAAUAUGAAAUAUAUCAUGUUGACAAAGCAUUACUAUUAAAUGAACUCCGCUCAGAAUCGUUUUUUCAUUAGCAAUGGUUUAUCGUUGCUUACAGAUUUACAUUAAAUUCCCUUCUGUAUCCUCUACCUCUCCAACUUCCUACCUACAACAGUCGCUGCACUCGUUCCCAUUAUCCUAGGGCAGCUUUUUUUUUUUAUGAGCGUUUAAAAUGUACAUGUUUUACGAAAAUCGCGGUAUUCCUCAAACGUUUUCGUUCAAAAUCGUUUUUCGUUAGUAAUAAUUUAUCGUUUCGUAUACAGAUAUAAUAAUUAAAUCGUUUUGUAUAUAUCCUAUCGUUCCAACUUCCCACCUACAUCGGUGACAAACCCAUCAGCAGUAUCAGCUUUUUGUAUUGUAUGUUUAGUUGGCGGUUUAUUUUAUUUAUCUAAUGUAAAUAUGUAGAUGGUAUAGGUAUACUAUGAAUAAAGUCUCGUAACUACUGCACCGCGCAUUUUAUCAUCGACAAAAUGGUUAACCACCACAUGUCCAAAAAUCGAAUAUUAUAAAACAAUACAAGUUGCCGUUACCGUGAAUUUCAUCACCUCUAUAAUAAGUUAUCGGAGAUUAAACUAUUUUUAGUGUAGUACAAAAAAAAAAAAAAAAAAAAAAAUGGUAUCAAGGUAAAAGACAAAGAGUGGUAAAAAGAGCCAUGCAUCUCGAACUCAAGGGUGUUCAAGAACACAUCGUAUUAAUUAAUGUAUAUAAAACGUUUGUAGCACAGGAAUGUACAUGACAUUUUUAUGAAGAGUGCUUAAUUUCAAGUUUGAACCCGGGGCUUAUUGGUCCUUUAGUGGGCAUUGGGUAUACCUAAUUAACCAAAUUAGUUUUAUAAUACUUAAUUUUAAAAUAGUCACUUAGUUCGGUGGCGUUCUUAUUUAUUAAUGCGUUACAAUCAUACUAUCGACGCGAGUACAAGACGUUCGCAUAACGAACUGAUACUCAUGUCCAGUGAUCCGGCGAGUGACGAGUGGCGUCGAUGAUGAAGCUAAUGACGAAAUGACUAGUCUUAUGUCACCGCCGUAAGUAUUUUUGAUCGUGUCGUAACUAAUAUUGUUCGAUAUUAAAAAAAAAAAAAAAAAAAAAAUUAAUAAUAUUAUUAUUCGCACAGCCUCAUUUGUUAUGCGUCACCGCCGGACUUGAGUACUCGACGUUCAUUACACGAACUGAUACUCAUCUCGUCGAGCGAUCUGUCAGAUGAUCAUUCCGACGAUCAUAGUUCUUACAGUUCGUCAUCACCACCGUAAGUACGAAUAACUUUGACCGUAUCGUAACUAAUAUUGUUCGAUAUUUUUAAACAAAAUACCUACAUAUAUAUAUAUAUAUGAAAAAAAAAAUUGGUGUUGACAUAUCGUGACUUCAUCAAAUGUUUUAAGUACUUCAACUUUAAAAAAGAAAUUUUAAUAACAACAUUAUUCGCAGUCCGUUUCCGUUAAAUAUUUUGUAUUGUAAGUAUCGAAUUAAAUAAUACGAUUAUUCGCGUAUUACGAGUUAUUCAAUAAAAUUGCAUAGGUGUUAUCCAUAAAUAAUUUAAUUAAUAUCUGUAAGCGAACAUUUUUUUACCAAUAGAAAUUUUAACACGUAUUCUGAUAUCUAAUAAAAGUUAUAAUGAAUUCAUAUUGUUUAUACUCUUAGUAAAAAAAAAAAAAAGAAAAUUGAUGAAAAGUGAUUUUGUUUUAUUAUAAGGCAAUAAUCCUUUUUUGAAAUUGCGUAGUCUUUUUUGAUUUGAUCUUAACCAGUUUUACAUUAACAUAAUAUCAGUGAUGUAAACUGGCGUAAAUCAUAAAAAUGUGUAUGCCUAUAUAGUUUCUAUUUUCAAAAGUCUAUAUUUUUUUAUUAAACAAGUAUCUACAGUUUUUCUUUAAAUAUUAUAAUAAUAAAGUUUUUACUAUUAAAAUUCAAUAUUUAUAAUAUAUUUACUUCAUAAAAAAAAAAUUUGAUACCUACAGAAAAAUAAAUUGUUUAUUAGGUGGUAAUUUACUAAGGAAGUUGGAGUAUAAUGGUGGGUUGGAGAUUAAAAGAUUUCUCUGUUCAUAUAUAUAAAUAUUAUUAAAUAUUAUUUAGCUUGUGCCCGACCAACGAAAGAGGUCUGGAUACGCCAAUGAAUGUUACGGGCCCUCUCGAGUACAGGUCUAAAUGCGUCAUCGUUGUACAAUGUUCUGUUGUCAAGUUCGUACAACAUGACUUAUUGGCCAUACGACUUAGCAUCCGCGCCAUACAGCCCGGCGUCGCCAUCGUGAGUAUCUUUGAUAGUAUCGUAACUGUUUUGUUUGUGUCUUUUCCAACUUGAUUGAUGAUUCAUGAAAAAAUAAAUUAAACAAUUUAACAUUCAUCAUAAGUUAUAUUUUCUCCUUACAACAAGCACAUGAUCAUAAUUUUUAUGACAACACAAAUUAUAUAUAUUUUGUAAUAAUCUAUAUUAUCAAUUACCUAUCUAUGGUAACAUUGGUUAUGAAUAAUAAUGUUUGAUAUUUAAAAAAAAAAGACACCCGUGUAGACAAAUCGGGACUUCAUCAAAUGUAUAAUUACUUAUAUUUUUGAAAAUUCAGUUAAUUAUUUUGUACCGUUGGUAAGUAUGAAAUUAAAUAAUAAUAAGUUUGUUCAUACACAUAGAUAUAGCCCUAACGCAUCUCGCAAUCCUAUGACGAACCCAUACGCAUUUCGAUUGAGGACGAGCCUAUAUGGAUUUCGAGUGACAACGGUGUAGGCGACGUAUAACUUCAUUGAUGGUGUUCAACCCGCCGGGCUUUGAAUUUUUCUUUUUUCAUUAUGUUAUAUUUCGCCUCAUUGAAGGAAUUCAAUUUUUUUUUUAGAAUUAUGUUAGUUUUUUCAAUUUAAUAAACGAAUAACCGUUUCAAAUUAUUGAUAAGAAUUAUAUCUUUUGUGAAUAGAUGAUAUUUUAGAUUUUGAGUGGAGCGAGGAAUAUGCAUUAGUUUUACAAAGAUGUUUUUUUCCUUUUUUUUUUUGUGAGCACUUUUUCUAUCAGAAAGCUUAUUCCGAUUUCCAAUUAUAGCACUUUUUCAGAAAGGAAAAUGUUCUCUGUGUGGUACUUUAGAGAGGUCAUUUUCUUAAAUUCUCAUUAACAUUCUAGAUAACGAGGAAAACCCGGCUCUUUAUAUUAAAAAAGAUUUAAAGAAUAAAAAUAAGGUCGUCAUUGGUAACCGUUUUUAUUUAUUUUUUGUUAUUAUUAGGUUUUUAUUAUUUUAAAACUUUUUUAAACAAUCAUCGUUGAAAUGGAAUAGCACAUUGUUUGUAAUAAUUUUACCAUAACAUGACUUACUAUAUAUUGUUGACAAAGCAACACUAUCAACUGAACUCCACUCAGAAUCGUUUUUUCAUUACCGAUGGUUUAUCGUUGCUUACAGAUGUACAUUAAAUUCCCAUCUGUAUCCUACCUUCCAAAUUUCCCAUCUACAAAAGUGGCUGCAUUCACGUGCGAAGUAUGUCCGUCCAUAUUUUAA